AAGUUUGACAUAACUCCACCAGAAAAGAAGAAGAGAGAAAAGAAAGAAAAGAAAGUAGAAGAAGAGAAGAAAGAACCUGAACCAGUUCCAGAGAAGGGGAGAUAUGACAUGUAA